ACCUCCACGCGUGGGCCCAACCGGCAAACCAUGGUUUCAAUUAUGGAUAUCGACCCCACGAGACAAAUCUGUGAUAAUCGUUCAACACUAUCGCAAAGUGCUGUUAGCCAGAAAUCGAUCGAUCUGGAGAUUCCGAUCCCGCUGAAAUCGCCCACCUCGACGACCUCGCCCACCUCACCGCUGUCCACCACCGCGGCCGCGACGGACACCGAACUGGCCAAGCGGGCCAUGAAACUGGACCUGACCGAGGUGCAAGCGGCCACGGGCAGUUGUUCACAGUCGGCCACGGCCACGGAAUCGAUAGCGAGUGGCAGUGGCAUCAGCAGUGCGGCCAGCACCGCCACCACCACACAUUCCUCGACGUCGAACUCGGCGGCGACCACCACGACCGCCAUCAUCAUGAAGCACCGGAAGCUGAAGGAGCGCACGUUCAGCGACGAGCUCGGCUCGCCCAAGUCACCCGCCGCGACAGUCGAAGUCGUCGACGAUCGGAAGGCGCUGCGGGACGCGCUGUACCAGGGCAUCUUUCACCGCCACCGGCGGACGAUCUUCGCCGUCGGGAGCUUCCUGAGGAUGCUGAAGAGCCGCAACUCGUCCUACAACACGAUCCGCAGCUCGUCCGAGGGCGAGGACGACACCCGAUAAAACCGGACGAACCCCCGUCGAGGUCAGGCCAAAGGAUGACAAAAUCACACACACACACUUGUUAGACGAGAAUGCUUAACUUUUAGUAAAAUCACAUAGUGGAAUUCGUUAUCGGGUAUCGGGGUGUGAAGUAAGUGUUUUUAAGAAAGGAAAGUAAGAGAAAAUAUUGAACCGGGAUAGGACAAACAGAAAUGCAUUAUGGUUUACACGUAGUGAAUGUAGAGGAUCACAUGGCAGGGUUAGAGCAAAAGUAUCGACUUAGAAGGUCGAGUAAAACAUAAGAAAAGAUGGCACAGUAGAUCAUCACCAUGCGCGCCCUCCGUUGCUAGUUGAAUUAGAAGGAUUGUUGCUUAAUUACCUUGAUAAUAAACUUUAGUUCUUGACCCGCAUUAAUUAACGUUUUUACUUCAUUCAAGUCCUGAACUGAGUUUGGGAAAAAAUUAAGAAGUGAUGCAAAGAUAUUUCAAUCUCUAAACAAAAAGAUUUAAUCUGUAAGUUCGUGAAUUGUGACCACAUUUUUUCAUAUUUCUCAGUGAUACACUCAAUGACUCAAACUCAUACUUAAAAAUAUUUUAAAAAUGUUUGACGGUGACUCAAUAAAAAUACUUGUUUCAUAUGGAAAAAUAUGCAUAUUCUUAGAUAUACAAAUAAACGAAUUGAAAA